AGCAGAAUGAGGUGGAUGUGCAAUCAGAAACUAUGGAUUUCAAGCUUGUUCUACUUCAAGUCUUCUUCCUCAUAUUUUUGGCUGUUAGCAUCACUGCUGAAGAGAAAGGUGUUAGUUUAGAAGAAGAAAAAUAUGGAGUUAAAUAUGCCACACAAUGUGAAGUUUGUAAGCUUGUCACCAAAGAGAUUGGAGAGAUGCUUGAGAAGACAGACUCGUCUGAUGUGAUAGAGACUGGCUACAAUAUUGAUUCCAAGAAGAAGAAAACCAAGUACAACAAAUCGGAGUUGCGGCUGGUGGAAGUGUUGGAGAGCGUAUGUGAAGGCAUGCAGGACUACCGCGUGCACAAGGAACGUCUCGACUCCACACGCUGGGCCAAGAUGAUGAGUCAGACCUUCCGUACUCUGCAUGGCCUUGUCAAUAAAGGCGUGAAGGUGGAACUGGGCAUCCCAUUUGAGCUCUGGGACGAGCCUUCAGCUGAAGUGACACACCUCAAGACACAAUGCGAACAAUUCCUGGAGGAGCAGGAGGAGCGCAUCAGCUCCUGGUACUUCAGUAAAUCAGCUGGUGCUGGCCUGGGGGACCUGCAGCAGAGCCUGUGUCCUGCCAUGCUUAGCGACGCUGCCUGCCUCCAGGAGCCCUAUGGAGAGACCAUCACCCCAGACCAAGCGCCUUCUGAAGACAAGUCGGAGUUAUAGUCAUUAAAAUUAGUCUAGCAGGCGCGGCGUUUCAGCUUGUGGGAGAGGGAAGAUGUUGCGGCCAAGUAAUGGCUGCGAGGACAAUACAAGCUUUAAUGAUUUGGAAAUUGUGAUAAAUAUGCGUUGUAUUAAUAGAAUUGAUGUUAAGUCUUAGCUACGGUGAUGUUUCUAAUUAACUGAAACUAAU